AUGGAGAGUCUAGGGGGUAUUACCGAUGAUCUUCUCUGUAAACUUGCUGAAAACAUCGAGACAGAUGAACAAAUGGCGGCAUUGGCACGAACACUCGGAUUCGAACAAGCAGCCAUAAAUAGAUACACAGCUACUAACAACAAGGGAUACCGAGUCACGUUCAAUGGAACACGUGACAUGCUGUUUGACUGGAGACAGGCCGUGGAGCCAUCCAAUCAGCAUCCUAGGCUGAAACAAGCUCUCAUUGAUGCCAAGCUUGUCAUGCUUGCUGAAACUUAUUUCAAAGAGACAUUGAAUACUCCAGAUAUAUACAGUGAGAAAAUUUCGGAUUCUCUGACUGUUGGAAAAUGUCGCACAAUCUUAGAGGACAAAUAUUCCAACCAGCUAUGUAAAAUUCAAAUGAAACCUUGGGAUAAAGAUGAUUAUGCAGAGUUUGAAGAUAUGCACACCGUUGUUACCAUGGUAAAGAAGGACGAUCGUGGGAGAGAUAUUAAGGAAAAGGAAAUACUACAAGGCUCUGCAGGAAAAAUAUUUUCAGCCAAAGUAAACGGAAAAUUUCCAUCUCGAAUCCUUAUUUCGGCUCCCGCUGGACGAGGAAAGACGACAGCUGUUGCUAAGAUGGCGCACGAUUGGGUUCACAGAGAAGAUGGCUCAGGAUUAGAGGACUUGCCACUGCUGUUUGUUGUCAAGUUUCGAAACACAAGCCAUAGUACAUCGAUCGGAGAAGCCAUCAUAUCACAACUCCUGAGUGAUGUUGACGAUCUGACGCCAGAGGGGCUAGAAAGUUUCAUCAGGCAGCAUCAGGGAAUCUGUCAUAUUGUACUAGAUGGGCUCGAUGAGUAUGCUGGUAUCUCUUCUUCGAGUAAUAUCAUGAACAUUCUCCGAUGGGAAAUGUUUCAACAAUGUCGAGUUCUUGUAACAUCACGACCUCACUUAGAAAACAUUUUCAGUCAAGGGGAUCUACCAAGGGUAUACACGAAGAUGGCGAUCGACGGAUUCUCCAAAGAGAGCUCAUGUGAUUACAUUGACAGGUUCUUUUCUUCCCGGAUUCAGCAACCAAUGAUAGCAGAUGGUCUGAAGUUUUACCUCGAGACAAAUCCACUGAUAGAGGAACUAGUAAAAACACCACUAUUCUGCCUCAUGGUAUGUCACUUAUGGUCUGUAGGUCGUCUUGACAGUGAGACUUCGACUCAAACAGCAUUACUCGACAAAGUAAACGUGUUUUUAAGCCACCACGCAAAUGAACGGACCGAUGGGUUAUUCACACCUGAAACCCUGGACGAAAUAAUCCACAAACUGGGUAAAGUUGCUCUCACUGGUCUACUUGCUGAUUCUAAGAAGUUGGUAUUUACCCCUCGUGAUUUUCAGAAGAUUCCAUCUGUCCUCGAUAAGGCAUGUCAGUUAGGGAUAGUAUCCAAGACAACUGUAUCAAGCGAACACUUUCCUCAAACUAACGAAACCUAUUCUACUACUAUAGAAUUUUAUCACAAACUUGCCCAAGAACAUGCAGCCGGGAAGUUCCUAGCUCAUAAAACAAGUAGUUUCAAGCUGAAUUUGAAGAUUUCUAAGUUAGACCAAGUGUUGCGAAAGAUUAAAAGAAAUGUUGGCGAUUAUGAAAAUCUCAUUCGUUUUGCUGCUGGCACAAAGAACAGACUCUGUAUUCGAAUAAUGGAGACGCUUCUGACAACUAGUUAUUUAUCCGAGAGUGAGCGUUAUCGUAUUCUCUUAGACUGUUCAUCAGAGUCUGGGGUUAGCGAUGGGAAUGUGUCAUCCUUGGUUCGAAGGUGUGUGACGUCACAAAAUAUGCUUUUGCAAUCGCCAACAGUGUAUACUGUAGUUGGGAUGCGAAAUCUUCCAAGAGAACUGAAACAAAAGGUUGUGAGUGUACAAUUCGAGCAGUCUAUCAUGGCAAGCGCUGUGACAGAUGGACUAUGGGCCUGUCUUAAAUCAUUCCCGAUGCUAAAUUCUCUCACCAUCUCAGACUCAUCUGUCGAUUUCCCUCCAUCUCCUGCUGAGCUACCAUCCAUCAGAAGUCUAUUAGUUGAGAAAGUGGCGUUACAAUGCUAUAACAGUCUGAUCUCAUCGCUCCCUGGUUUGACAGACAUAGUAUAUAUCGAUGAUGCAGACUGGGACAUAGCCCAGAUCACAUCUGCUCUUCGUCGGACAGGGGCAAAGAAGCUCAAACGAAUGAUUAUUCGCGACACUCCAUCAUCAUUCCCGCCACGGAAGAAUCCUUUCCGGAGUGAGACAGAGGGAGGACCGAGGCUGCUAUUCGACAAAUCUGACACGAACAUGCUUAUAUUGCACAGCGCUAGACAUUCGGAAAACAAAGGUCCUGUUGAAGUCCUCGAGUCGUUUGCAAUUUUGGCAUCAUUGGCUCAACUGAAACUAGAAUUCCUUGAUGGUUGUUCUUUCAACUUCGAAAGGACGUUUGGGCUUGAGAUGACCAAAUGUCAAUUGUCUCCUGAGAUGACUACGAGAGUGUGGUCCUGUCUGAGAUCCUUCACCUCACUGAACCAUCUCACCAUCUCAGACUCAUCUAUCAAUUUCCCUCCAUCUCCUCCUGAGCUACCAUCCAUCACAGAGCUAUCAACUAAGAGAGUGACGUCACAAUGCUAUGAAGGUCUGAUCUCAUCACUCCCUGCUUUGGUAUAUAUUAUUAUCACUAUCGAUGAUGCAGAGGGAGACAUAGCCUUUAUCAUGGCUGGUCUUCGUCGGACUGGAGGACAAAAUCUCAAACACAUUAUCCUUCGCACUCUGUACUCACUUCCAUUAGAGAAGAGUCAUGUAUCAAGCAAGACAAUGAGAGGACUGGGUCUGCUCAUCAAGGAACAUACCAAGAACCUGAAGUAUCUCACUCUGUACAGGGUGAAGUGUACAGACGAGGGUGACUUGGUUUAUCUCAUUGAAUGCUGCAGACAUGUGAAAACGAUGAAGGGCGUAGGCCUCAGGUACUGUGGGACGAUGUCGAAUGGUAGGGUGGAUUCUCACCUCCAGCGCCUUCACACUAAAUCACCCAACGAUCUCCGCGUGUAUGUUUCCCAUGAUGACUCUAUUGAUUACGAAACCUACAUCAUUCCCUACAUCGAUUGAGCGAUGAGCAUAAUGAGAGUGAAGCUGAAUCCUAAAUGCGCCAUCAUAUCCUAAUGCAAGCAGGUUCAUAGUACCACGCCAUGGAAUGGAUUUAGACGCUGAAAACACAAGAACUCGUCAAGUCAACUGCUAUGUUCCAUGCCUUUAUGGUUUUUUUGCACAAUCUUGUAGAGAAAGCUACUAUAAUAUUCAUUAAUAUUAUUUCUGAAAGCAGCUUAUUAUAAUAUAAUAAGUAAUAUGACUAGUUUAGACCCCAUUUGCUCCUACCGAAUAUCUUUUAUCUUCUUACACUUAUUUGUUAGUAGCCUUAAAAUGAACUGUUUGUUUAUUAUACAUGCAUUUUCGUUGAUCUUAAUUUAACCAAAGAUGAAAAUGUAUUGUAUUCAUCAAUAACUAUUAUGUUGUAAAUAUUUGUUUUCUAUUAUUACUCGUUGACAAGUAGCAUCAAAUAAAAUGUUGUACUGAUCUUUCAUAUCACCAUUGGAUGGUUUUUUCAUGUAUAUUUAUGUAUUGUAUAUGUGUUUUAUGUUAUGCAGGGCCUCCUAGUAUAACAGCCUUGUCACUACUAAUGGGGCUACCCUGUUAAAUAAAAAAAAGUAAAUAUCGGCAUACGAUAUGCUUGUAACAUGGAUUAUACAUUUUAUGUAUAAUUAUGAAAUUAGUAUAAAUAUAAAUGUUCUCAUUUUCAAACUUCAGUGGAGUUCAUAAUACAAAUUGAACCGAUUACGUAACAGUUUAACCGACAGUCUGAUAAUUGCAGAAAAGCGGAUAUGAUUAAUAUUUUCAAUUCAAAUAAACAUUCAUUUUUCAAUUUUCAUAAAAUAUAAUUUUCAAUAUGAAUUAUACAAAAUUAUUCGUCAUAAAAGCAGAGAAUUACAUUUUAUAACAUAUCUGAAGAAAAAAAAAAUUCUGGAAAAUGCAUACUUCUUGUCAAAUGUUUGAAGUUAUAAUGGUUUUGAACUACAGGACAUGGUGUAUUUUUUAUAGCGAUGUAAUCAUAGCAAUUAACACGUUACCAGUAGUUCAUGAGUCGUGAAAAUAUUUGUGGUGGUGUAAGUUGAAAUUUUCAGUGUCGGGGUUGGAAUUAUGCUUGCUUGUACGUACAGACCUACAUUUUUGUUACUGCUUUAUAAGACUGCAGUGCACUUUAAACCGGAUCGUUAAUUAUUAGAUUCGAAGGAUAGCUACAGAGAUUCGAAGGAUAGCUACAGGGGUAUGCAAAACAACGAUAAUACGGUGCAGAGAUUUGUUUGUAUUAACUUAGGGCCUUUCACACGUGAAUCUUGAAUCAUCAUUAUAAUGAUGAUUGCUAUUGUAAUCGUGACUGUGAUAAUCGUUCGUGAUUCUAAUCAUGUUCUAGGUUGGUUUCACACCUGCUAAAUAUUCGUCAUUAGCCCUAUUUUUCAAUGGAAUCAUUUACAUUCAAGAUUUUGAUUUUUUGACCGUGUGAAAGGGCGAUUAAUGUUUCUCUGAACGGCAUACAUUUUUAGAGCAGGUGCAAGUAUUCAACAUGUAGAUCGGCAUGCACUUGGGCAGCCAAGUAUGUGAGACGUUUCACUCAGUAAUCUUUUUUACUCAACCCACCCUUUCACACGGCAAAAAAUCGUAAUUUGAAUGAUGAUCCCAUUGAAAACUAUGGCUAAUGGCGAAUUUUUAGCAUAUGUGAAACCAAACUAGAAUCACAAACGCUAAUCACAAUCACGAAUUCAAAUUCUACUCCGGAUGCGAAUUCCAGUUAAGUUUCACUAAAAUGACGGUACGAAUUUUAGGUGUAAAAGGCUUGUCUGACCUCCAAAACAUCUUUCGGGGGCGGAGCUUACGUGUCCUUUCAAGCACUUCCGUAGAUAAUACAAUUGUCAUGCACUCAUCGAAUCGAUGCAGUGCUUUGAUUGACAAGUCACCAAGGACAUACGUAUACCGCAUUCGUUUGGCCGGAAUAGACCGGUUUACUAAUGUCAAAUUUAUGGAUGUAUCUUCCCUCGGGGCCUAGUAACGAUAUAUUCCAUUAACCUGUACCUAAUAAUGGUAUUUCAAUAAAUGGAAUUCACUUUGCAUACAUUAGUUUUCGCUAUUUCGGGCAAACUUCGGGCAAGCUUUCCGGUUGUUAGGGGCAACCUUCGUUAAACUGGUAUGCAUAAAGUUUUAAUAUGUUAUUAAACCGGUCUAAAGUAUUGGAAUUCAAAUUACAGUUUUCGAUUGACGUGUGAAAGGUCGUAUGAUUCUAAAGACGAAUUUCAAUCAUGAAUGCAAUAAUGAUUCAAGAUUCACGUGUGAAAGGUCCCUAUGUAAAAAGUGCUUUUGUAGUUUGGAAAUUCUCAGCGGUCUAAAACAAUUCGGUUUUAGAACAUGUUUCAUUACGAUCAAAUUCAAUAGAGGAUUUGAUUGAACACUUUCGAGUAUGUAUAUAUAUAUAUAUAUAUAUAUAUAUAUAUAUACAUAUAUAUAUAUAUACACGUGUAGGCCUAACUCCAGAAUGCAUUUCAUUUAACUUUAUUUUUAGGAGAUAUUUCAGGUUUAAAGAGUUAAGAGUAAGGGUUGCAAGUUAGAUUUUAUUUCCAAAUUUAUUUUGCUCUUGCCUUGUAAGAUGACGAGUGUUAUCAGAGGAUAACAAGGAAGUAACGAUUGAGAAACAAGUCAGAGGAUUUUCAUGUCACAUUCGGGGUGACGAUGUUCUCGAGAUAUACAGUCUAUUCAUUAUCAGAUUUGAUGAUACAGAUGAGGGUGGUAAUGAAUAACUUGUAUUGCUAUAGCUGAAUAUUUCAAUAUCAUUUACAAAUUGAAUUUAGAGAAAUUAUAAAUUUCAUAUUUGUUGAAACACUUAAGCUUACUACAAAACAUAUAUAUAUUAUUAUCGAUGCAAUACUAAGAUCUAUAUUACAGAAUAUGACUGCCUUGUGGCACUAUGUAUUUAUCAUGUCUUUGCAGGGUUUUUGUUCGUUUUGGUUUCGUUUUCAUGACGUUUUGAUCUGGCUGUAAAAUAAAAGAUCGACUACAACUCAA